AUGGCAGCGCUGACGAUCUACUCCGGCGAGGUGUGGGCAGAGCUGCGCUUGGUGGACGCGCGCGACGUGCCCCACACCCACAACCUUAUCCACCAGAUGGCGGAGUUCGAGCUCCUCACCGACCUCUUCGCCGCCACCCACGAGCUCCUCGCGUCCACGCUCUUCUGCACGCCCGAGACCGCCCCUUCACCUCCUUCACCGCCCUCAUCCUCGACCUCUCCACGUCCUCUGUCCCGGCCUCAUCGGACACCGUCAGCUCCCGCAGCCUCGGCCUCUCCGCGUCCCCGCUCGCCAAACUGGAGGGGUCGCCUUUCCAUUGACGCGCGGCGGCGGGCGCGUCACGGUCGGGUUCGUCAUCUGCUUCCCCAACUACUCCACCAUCCUCGCAAGGCCCGAGCUAUACGUGGAGGACAUCUUCGUGCGCGCGCCCUUGCGCCGCCGCGGGCUGCGCCGCACGAUUUCAUUCACCGUCGUCGGCAGGGCCGCGUGGAGUGGUGUGUGCUCGAUUGGAACCAGAACACCAUGGACUUCUACGAGGUGAUGGGCGUUGAGAUGUUCAAGCAGUGGCGCAUCUGCCGGCUCAAUGGCGCCGCGCUCGACAAGUACAAGGCACGGGCAACCAGGAGGAUGAGGACGCCGGCGGGAAGGCCAGUAGGCCAGUAG